AUGACAGCCGAGAAGUUUGCUCUGGUUCCGGAGAUCUCGAAAGAAAACAAUGAGAAGCCAGAGUCUAACGUACAACUCACCUUCGGCCCCCCUUGCACCACUACCUCUCAACUCCAUCCCUUCACCGACACGACUCGCGUCUCUAAUCCCUUCCAAAGCGCCACCACACCACCCACCUAUCCUCAAAUAGCCUCUACCACCGAUCCAGCCUCCGAUUUGACUUCCAGGAAUGACCCUGGACCCGCCCACGACGGCUCUUCUCUUCUGACCGAGAGCAACCUCAGCGCACACGACUCAUCCUUACAUCACGAAGCUGCGAGAUCCGACAGAGAUCGGAAAGAGGGAAUCAAGAAAGCUGCAACCGAACUAGGCUUCAAGCUCGCGGAUGAUGAUAUCCCACCGCUGCAUGAGGGAAAGACGCCGAUGGAGUUUUGGAUGGCGGAGAGCUGA